UUUUUUUUUUUUUUUCCCAUGAGCAACAAUUAUAGUUGGGCACUAUUGUAGAUCUUUAUAAGUUGGCUGGAUGGGUCAAUGUGUUGGGACAUCUAGUUUUGCAAUCAAGGCCUGUAUCGGAUCAUUCGGGUCAAUUUAGUCGUGUAUGUUUGACUAGUAUGUAUGUAAACACGGUUAUUCUGAAGAAAGACCAACAUUUUGAUUAUCAGUUCAGGUAAUCUGGUUGACGAACAAAUAAUCAAGUAUAUGUCCCAAAGGAGUUCAAACCGAGAUUUGGGAUUGAAACCAGUGUCAACAUUUUCUACCUAUGCACCAAAAAAAGAAUAAGAAAAAAAGGGAAAAAAAAUAGAUGUCUUAUUCAGUGGCUUAAUCUCCUCACAGCAACAGUAAUCAAAUAACUAGGCACCUUAUGAGGUAAGCAACCUUAUGAAAACAGGGGGUUGUUGAGCAGCUAAAUCUGCAUUUUGAAUAUUCGGUCUUUAGCUUUACCUCCAAAAUGGAACACAAAUUUUUCCUCUAUUUUAAUGAUGUCAACCCUUACCUGUUACAUCUUGUUAACCAGUAAAUUACUCAAAAUAAUCGAUAAAAGUUUGAUCAACAACCUUAAACAUACUACACUCAAUAUAUACAUUCAUCUCGACACAGCUUUUUCACAACAGAUCACAUACUUGCGAAGUAUUAAGUAAACUUUCUUUUUACAAAGGCGGAAAACUCAUCAAUCAAGAAUGGAACAUAAAGCUAGCCCUUUGGUUUUUCUAGUAGUACUAGUGAUCCUGGCUAGUAAUAUUCCAUCAUUGACAGCUCAAGGUGGAUCGUCGUGUGUAAACAGCCUAACCCCUUGCAUGAACUACUUGAACAGCACUCGUGGUCCACCCAGGUCUUGCUGUGACCCUUUGAAAGAAGUUAUUCAGACUAACCAACAGUGCUUGUGCAGUAUGAUAAGUACCCAAGGUACUUUCCAAGCUCAGCUCCUAGGCAUUAAUAUAUCUCAGGUUGAGAUGUUACCCGAAAGAUGUGGGCUUCGUGUUAACCCGAUUGCCUGCCUUAAAGGUGUAUCAGGCUCAAGAAACUCUGUUCAAAACUCUGCAAUUAACUCAUUCCCAUCUUUUAUACCGGUAAUUUUAGGAGUGUUAUUGAUGAUAAUUGUAAUUUAGAUCAAAUAUUUAUUUAUUCUAUGUAUGACAUUGUGAAAAGUUUGUACGUACACACUGAUUCGAAGUAUAUUGUAUUCAGCUACUUAUUUUCUGGUCCAAAUUUGUUAACUUUGAUGUUUUUUUUUUCUUUUUUUUUUCUAUAUUGUAACAUUAUUAUUGUUACGUAGUAUAUUGUUUUGGAUAUUGUAGUGUUAUCAUUGUUAUAUUGCUUUGGAUAUUGUAAUGUUAUCAUAAUUAAACGCAUUUGGAUGUUGAUAAACUAUUUU